UCACUCUCUGCUCCUGAAUUUCUGACUCGAAAUCGUGAAACCUCAAUCUUUUCGUUCUUUAUGACCCCUGUGAUGGAUGAAAAAUGGCCCAGCUUGCCGUACUCAACGCCGCGCCUGGCACGACUAGGUGUCUGAGCUGGUCAAACGACGGUGAGCUUGCGGUCACAGCAGGAGAAAAUGUCCAGUUAUUAAUACCCAAUUUGAGGUCGUCAAAUCAACCGGUCCCUGGAGUCCAUGACCCCCUCUGGCAGAACUUGGUCAUUCGCACCAACCAGUUCCGGGAAUCGGAAGUGCCCAUUCAGGAGCCGCUCAGCUUUCAGAACUGGUCCAUCGGGGAAGAGAUAUCUGAUUGCCAUGCAUUACGGACGGAAUGGUCGCCUCUCGGGCUCGGACAGUACAGGCGAAGCGUGCUCGCGGUUUUGACUUCAAACCAGGUUCUUUCCAUUUGGGCGUCCACUGGCUCGCGCAACAACGCUUCAAACUGGAAGCGGAUGGUCGUCGUCAACCAUGCAUUGAAGAACUACUUCCCGCGCUCACCUUCGCGAGAAUCAUUCUCGUCUCACGAGAGAAUCAAGUUUGAACUCGCUUUCAAGCGACAACGGAUCCGCUCCUUUACCUGGUGCAAACCGGCAUAUCUACCAUUGACCCGGACCUAUGACCCCUCGACUAUCUCAAAUGAUACCUCUUGGGGCGAGAACCUGCUUGUUCUUUCAAAUGAGAAUCUAGAGGUGAUUGUCGCUCGGGUGCAGGCUAUUCACGAUAUCAAGUCUGGUGAACCGACAUGGAUCACGACAAUCCUUCACCAUUUCUCGGUGGCUUCCAAUAUCGAAUCAACACAGAAGAACCUCUUGUUCGAGGACUACACUCAGAAUCGUCCAUAUGUAACGAAUCUCACAAUCAGUGAUUGGAGUGCCCCUAAACAGGGCUUCAUCGAGGCCUCCUUGGCAUUCUCGAGCGUUGAGGGAGUGCAUAUCAAGAAACUCCGCUUAUCAAGAAACGAUAGUGAACUGCACGUCGGAUUUGGACCGCAUGACAUUCACUAUCCUGUUCAAGAGUUCGGAGGCGUCGGACCAAUGGCAUGGUGGCAGUCUCGUUCUGAGGAUGAAAUCAGAUAUCUUGUCUUUUGCCUCCGCGAAACGUCACCAAAUGGCGAUCAGGUGGUGUCUCUUUGCGAUACUGGAGAUGGUGACGCGCCGGUUUUCUCAAGGUAUGAUCUCCAUACUAUGUGGAACAUAGUCUCUGGCAUCGCGUUUAGCAAGUCCUCAGAUGGCCGCAGCUAUGUUCACCUACCAACCUUGCUCGAUUCAGGACAAUGCACCAAAUUCCCGAUGCCGCUCCUAAAUACAGAUAACGAAAUUGGAACCCCUGAAUGGCAAAAGACAAUUGCGGAGAUGCGCACCUUCUAUGCAGAAAAAACCGACCUCGGUGAGAAUAGCUGUGCAAAAGUUUGGGAUAUGGUUUCGUCACCGCUGGGCGAUUUCCAAGCUACUGCCGUCUCCUUACAUCCCGCGAAAGUGCUAGAGUAUACUAUCCAUGCCCAGGAGGAGACUAUGAUAAAUCUCCAUAAGGACUUCCCAUCCGGCGAGAUCCCUACGUAUUCUCCAGAGAUGUACAGUGGACGGAUUAGCUCUGAAUGUAUACUGUUCACGAUCAAGGCCUGGUGGACGGGCGGCAUUGUUACCAAACAUGACAAAACCUUCAAAGCUACUAUUGAAAAGGGACUAAGAGAAACUAUUGAGAACAGCCAGCCUUGUGACCCCAUUCUAGGAAGAGGACUUUCAUCAAUUACAUCAGAUCAACCUCACCAUCUUGUCGCAGCACUAAGUCGUUUCUCACAUCAAUUGUGCCUCAAGCAGUUUGACAACCUUCUCUCCACGCAAGCUGUGAAAAAGAAGUGGAUUAGAACGACGAUAGACAAGGCUAUUGCUAAAUUAGUCAUUCGAGAAGUUUUGGAUUUACCUUCAAUUUUGUCCCAAAUGAGCGUCAACAGCACGAGGAUCGUCGCAUCAUAUGCGGCAGCUCAAGCCAAACUUCAAGCCGAGCAGGAUAAGGAAGACAGCGAGCCCAGCACUAUGCAACCGAGUGUGCAUGAGUUCUCGGAGCUCUGUGACAUCUGCAAUUACCGCAUCGUGUUCGAAGAUUUAGACUGGUCGAAAUGCGCACGGGGCCACAAGUUCGCUCGCUGUGCGCUUACAUUCCUGUCGAUCCAAGCUCCAGGAAUCUCGAAAAACUGCAGUAUUUGUGGUUUGCAGUAUUUGGCCGAGAGCUUCGUUAUCGGCGACGAUUCGCAGUUGAUUACAGAAGAACCUGCUGGCAAUAAUGCCAGUAACACGGGUAGGGAGGACGGUGAAGCAUCGAAGGACACAGGCGGAAACAUGACUGACAUCCCGAGAAAACAAGGAACUCUAGCGGAGGUUAUUUUUGCAGCGUUUGACGCAUGCGUCUAUUGUGGAGGCAAGUUUGUUCGAUGAACUGGGGAAGCAAGGGAUGUUUUCAGACGACAUUCCAACGAAAAUAGAUGCCAAAGACGUCAGUCAAUCCAUACUGAAUCAGGAGAUUGUAAAACAACAGAAGAUUUAUGUUAACAAAGCAUUCAUAUCUCGAC